CACAAAAAUAUAUCCAAAAUGGGAAAGAAAAAGGGAGGGAAUAAAAAUAAGCUGGCCAAAAUGUCCGACGAAGAGCGGGCAAGGUACUUGCAGCACCGGGCCGAUAUGGAGGAAGAGGCCAGACGCCGGAAGCAACAACUUAUAGCGACAUUCAUGAAGAACAAGCUGAAAAGGGAGGAUGCGUUUGCGCGACUAAAUCUGGCCAAAAUCAACCAAGAGUGGCGCACCAUUCUACGCAACAUCAAGUGCAAAGAGCUGAAGGAGGAGGUGGAAGCGGUGGAGAAGACGUGCACCGAGUGCAUCGAGAACAAGAAUGCCGUCAUCAAGCGGCUGCUGUGCGAUCUGGACGAGUCGGAAGAUUUGUACUCCACCAUGCUGCAUGCGCACAUGGAGCGCGUGGAGAAGAUCAUACGCAUUCACAACGAUCGUGUCAACUUUCUGACGGAGCUGUACGAGCUCGAUAAGAAAGAAAUCAUCGACAACUACCAGCGCGAGAUGGAGCUGUACAAGCAGAAAAAGUUCGAGCUGCAGAAGGACCUGGAGUGUGUGUUUUACGGGCUGGCAGAGAAGGCGCGCACCGACCGACUGCGCAACGAGGAGGAGCACAUGCUCAAGAAGGAUGAGCUGAAAAACUCGAUGAUACUGAAGCUGGAAAUGAUCACCAAAGAGCGGGAGCGGGAGAUGGAACGUCUGUGGAAAGAGUUCCAGCGCGUACUCAACGUCUACCUGCGCAACACGGAGGAGUACCGGAACGAGUACAACACGCUGCGCGACCAAGACUCGAGCGACACCAAGAACAUCCAGGACCACUACGCGGAGGUAGCACGGCUGAGCGACCAGAUAGCGGAUCUGCGGCUCAAGCUGGCCACGCUGAAGGAGGAGCACGACUUUAACAUGAAGCAGAUGCAGAAAAGCAAGGCCGAGCUGCAGUCACGCGUCCAGAACCUCAAGCAGGAGAUGGAACUCGGUACCCGGCUUGACCGCGAGCAGCUGAAAACGCUCGCCGUCUACAGUAACGACGCCAUCAAGCAUCUCCAGGCGAUGCUGAAGAAGGUGAAAUCGAUCUACCAGAUCGCGAGCUUCUGCAAAAAGUAUGAAACCGAGUCGGAAGAUUUGCUGCCCUUCGUCCGACGUGCGAACAACGAAACCGCACAAUCGGAACAGCCGGCAGCCGGCGAGCGAGCGCUCGUCCCUGUCGCCACGUUGGAUCCCACGAUGGAAUCGUUCAAGCGCGAAGUGUUCGACACGGCGGAACUGUUCGAGAGUUUCUGGAUGCGGUUCAACAAAGCGCGCAUCGAUGUGGCCUGCCUGCGGGAGGAAAAGCAGCAGCUGAUCGAUCGGAACGAGCAGCUGAAGGCGCACCUGAAGGAUUACCUCAUCACGGUCAACAUGAACAGCGGCGGGCCGGUCGAAUCGAACGCCGAUCUGCUUACCAAACGUCCCACCUCAAUGAGGAUCGAGAAGCUGGUGCGCGUCGACGAGGAGGUGAUCGUGCCGGAGGGAACUCGCAAGGCGGUUCGAUUCCGAGCCGGUGGACAGCAGCAGCGGCGGCCGGUGACCUGCAUCGAGGGGAACCUCAGCAACGCCAUUCGGAACGAGCGGCUGCUGGAGGUGCGGGCGAAGUCGUCCGAAAUUUACUCCAUGGUCCCAAACAGAGCCUGAGCGUGCCGG